CUGUUCUAUUCCUACUGCUUUUCCUCUGGGGAUCCAAUGCAAUUGUCGCUCACUGGACAAUGAGAGCUUGGCCAACUAUAAAUAGUCCAGCAGCCUACGCAUGCUCAUGUUUGAUUGGAAAUUGCAGUGCCUUAAGUCAGUGCUGUGGGGUAACUGUCAAAGGAGGGAAAGAAACCUGUGAAUGCUCUUAUUAAUUUCUCUGGAAAGCCAAAAAAUAAGUAAAAACUUAUUUUCUCCUGGAGAACUCCCCCCCCCCGACUAUUCCUUUCACUGGUGGAAAAUGGGUUCACGGAGGACAACGACACGCUCCUCUUUUGGCAAUGGAAGAUCCAGCAAUGGGGAUGAUAUGAGUGGGAGUAGCCGCGCUGGUGGCUGCAGCUACCUCUCCAACGUGAGGCCAGAGAACAGGAGCACACUCUGCAGUGUGAUGGCACAGUUAACUGAGGACACUCAGCCCUCCUUCGAAACAACCCUCAGGUCGAGAGCUGUGUCUGAGAACUGUAAUGUGAAGUUCUCUUGUGUGGUUACAGGACAUCCUGCUCCUCAAGUUAUUUGGUAUAAGGAUGAUGUGCAGUUAGACAGAUACUGUGGACUGCCUAAAUACGAAAUAUUCCGUAAUGGACAAAACCAUUCCCUGCACAUUUACAAUUGCACUGUGGAAGAUGCAGCUAUAUACCAGGCCUCAGCCAGCAACAGUAAAGGUAUUGUGUCCUGCUCUGGGGUUCUGGAGGUGGGUGAAAUGAAUGAGUUCAAGAUCCACCAGCAGUACUUUGCCAAGCUCAAACUAAAGGCUGAGAACAGACGCAGGGAAGCAGAAGGUAAAGAAAACCAGGAGCCGCUACGAACCAUCAGUCCAGACCGCACACAGAGGAAACGCCGCUCCACAAUGGAGGCCUUUCUCAGCACGCCAAGCUCCAUGGAGGAUGAGGGCAAUGAGGAGAGCCAUCAGGCUGCAGCUGUAGAAACUGAGGCCAGGUUACAGGAGGCAACUGUGGAAGAGGUGGAAGAAAAGCCAGUCCCCAUUACUAAUGGAGCAGUGUCUGCUGUAACUAAUGGACAGGCCAUCUGUGAAAACGGUAACAAGAGCGGGACAUUUAUAUAUGACUCUCUUCAGAAGAUUUUCACUGCACACCAACCCAAAACUCCCUUUGUCAAAAAGAAGAUUAAAAUUUCCAACAGUGCAAAAGUUGCAAAAUCAGAUACACCAGGAGAGCGUGCAUCUGAAGAGAGAAGUGCAAACGAUGAGACCUCCACCUCUGUAGAUCUGACCUGCACAGAGUCAGUACAGUCUGAGGGGAAUUCAAAUGAGGUUAUGGAAGUAGAAAGCAUUGUUAGUUCAUCAGUUAUGGAUUCAGAUUCCAGAAAUGUGACAGAACAACAUCAGAAAUCCGAAAGAGAGGAAGUAUUGCUUGUUGAAAGGCCUUCAAAGGGUGAGAACGUAUGUGUUGACGUAACUGUGCCUUCACAGAAAGAACAGCUCACUGCCUCAGUACCCCCCGCUGCUCUCACAUCCGCAAGGCACACUGUGUCAGGAACUGAAGGUAAACAAGCUGCAAAGCAUGAGAAGAAGGCUGGACGCAAAGACAGAGAAGACAAUUUGGAAAUGCAGAUCCAAAGUCCUCAAAUUACCUCAACACGACUACAGUCAAGUGAUGCAGCAGCACCCCAACAACCCAUACGCAUAGUAAAGGAAGACAUUUCUAUAACAGAACAUGUUACAGUCAUGGAUGUUGACAAGAAGUCAAAAACUUCCACUGGUGCAUCUAUAGCACACAGAGACGUUGAGUCAGUGAGCGCGCCGUGUGAAAGCAGAACUGCUCUACCACAGCGUCCAUGUGAACAGGUUGAAGAUCAACUGUCUGAGAAGGAAACGAGCCCCUGCCAAAAAAAUGUGUCUCAGCCGGCGCUGCUGAGUGAGGUUACACAGGCCCAUACAAAGAUGAACAGGAAUGAUGCACCUGUCAGCCUUGAGCUUCCACGCAACCCAUGUACGAAGGACGCAAAACCACCACAAAUGACUCCACCAGAGAGAGAGACCACGACAGUUGACAUCCAGGCCUGUUCUUUGCACUGUGGUCUUCAAGCAGCUAUUGACAAAAUAACACAUGACACAUGGGAUCAUUCCAGGGGAUCAAAUGAAAGCCAUACGGUCCUUUUUACAGACCUACAGAAGCCACCCCUCCAAAUCCCUGGUGGUGAGAACACCCGAGGGUGUAACGUUUCCCCCAGCGGCCAGCAAAACCAAAUUGAUACAGCUGUUAAAGGGACAGAAAUACAAGUUGAUGAAAAGGUAGAGGGUAACGAGGUAGGUAAGUUAUUAGUGCAGUCUGACAGUGGGGCCCCAAGUGAGAAGAUAGUUGAGAUGGAGACUGAAACUGCUGCUCUACACAUAACUGAACACAUUGAAACAGAAAAGACGAAAGAUGCAGCAGAUAAAGACACCAAUGUUAUCAUUUUGGAUGCAUCCAAUAAAGAAACUGAGAAGAAUAAGCGCAUAUCAAAAAUGGCGGAGGAAACUGGUUCAGAACUACAGAAUCUGAAGUCAACUACAUUUGAGCCUGCUAUCUCACUUGUAACAAAAACUCCAGAAAAAGCACAAAACUUCUCUGAACUCCAAAUUAAAGACUUCCAAGAAAUUCAAAAACCUGUAACAAAAGUCAUAUCUAUAGCUGAACUUUUGAGAUCACAAAUAAAGGCUCUUGACUCCACACUAGCAAAUUCAGUGACCACCAUACCGAUCCAUGCUGACUUUGUACAAGAUCCAGCUACAACUGCUACAGAAACAUGUGAAGAGUUAAACGAUGAUGACAACAAAUGUAAACCGAAAGUAAAGGAGUCACCACCUGACAGGAAAAUUGAGACGAGUAUUGACGAUACUCCUCCCAGAAACAUCAAGGAAACCCUUAUGGAGGUUUAUCAUCAAUUAAAUAAAACUGAUCAGGAACAAAUUCACACUCAAGGUGCAACUUCACCACCUGUUCAGGGUUUACAAAAACCUCUUGUAAUCCCACCUAUCUCUGUCGUAGACACUGGCACCACUGUAACGACUGCAGGACUUUGUGGCAAUGCCAAAACUUAUAAUGAAGGUGUUAUGGACAUUUACCAGGAAAUUGGAGCAACAACUCUGGUUCCUCAGAAAGAUCGCUCUGUUGUUUCCCUUUCUGGGAGUGAAAAUGUAAAACAAAAUUUUCCUCCUUCGACUGAUAAGGAUGAACUGACCAAAAGACUAACAUCAAUUUCAAACCUCUCUGGAACUGUCAGUCGAGAACAUGGGACUCCACUUACGGUGACACCUAUUCUGGCCAGUGGUCUGGAGUCAAAUGCUACUGUUUUGGAGCAUGCCAAACAUGAACCAGUUCAAGGCAAAUACGUGGGAUUUAUACAAACGUUAACUCCAGAAAUUAAACUCAACAGCAAAACUGAAAGGGGGAUUACUGAAACGAAUUCCACAACAUGUUUAGAUCAGUGCAAAAUGGAAGAACCCAACACAAAAACCAGUUAUUUGCAGAGUGUACAAAAGUUUCCCACUAACAAUGAAUUUGGCACAGAUAUACAAGAGAAUAAUCUUCAACUUCUUCAGCAGGACAGCUCAAUGGUUGAGGAAUUAUCAAGGACUGACUCAAUAACCAGUCCAACUCCUGAGGCCAGCCCAUUGUUAAAGAAAAGAAAUUGUGUUUCUCCCAUUCCUUCUGCUACUCCACAAGAGCUGGCCUCUGGGGCCCGACGCAAAAUCCUAAUAUCCAAGGCCAAACCUGAGGAGGCCUCGGAGGCCACAUCGCCAGUUGAUAACCAAACUCAGAAAAAGGAAGUUUCUACACAGAGCAGCAAGCUUUCUGCAAGUCCUGUGACCCUCUCAACGUCUCCAAGCCUGUCACAACGGUCACCUCUACUUCAGCCCCCUGGUGAUCAAACCUCUCCUGCAGAAAGGCGUUCUCCACUCUUGAGCAGGAGGAAGAUGGCAUCUGAGACUCAAGUACCAAGCCAGCAGCCCACUGAAGAGAUCCACACCCUCCAAACUGAGGGGAAACCUGCAGAGAAAGACAAGCAUAACCCAUUCAAAGCUCCUCAAGUUAUUCGUAAGAUCAGGGGUGAAACCUUUGCAGAUGCCUCAGGACACUUGAAACUGUGGUGCCAGUUCUUCAAUGUUCUUAGUGACUCUACAAUCAAAUGGUACAGAAAUGAAGAGGGGAUUGCUCAGAUUGAAAGAAAUGCAGGGGACGAAACUCAGGUCAAUCUUGCCAUUGUUCAGGCAUCAUGCAAAGACUCUGGUGUUUACGGAUGCACAAUCACAAAUGAAUAUGGGACAGACUCAACAGACUUUCUGCUUAGUGCAGAUAUCUUGGCUGGAAUGGCACUACGCGAGGACCUCGGUGUUGGAGAAGAAAUCGAAAUGACACCCCUGAUAUUCAACAAGGGUGUGGCUGAUUCUGGCGUCUGGGGCAACAAAUUCUUUGGCCGUAUAAUGAUGCAGGAAUCUCAUAUUGGUGAUGGCUGUUCUCAUAAAGUCUGGAAGGCAAAAGUCAUCUAUGGUCUGGAGCCUGUGUUCGAGUCUGGAAACACAUGUAUCAUUAAAGCACCCAACCCUAUCGCCUAUGGAGGCAAAGCAGAAAGCUGCCUUAUAGACAGGAACCUGGACAUUGUCAAGCAGGAGUGUAAAAAUCAGAACUUGGCUCGUGAAUACUGCAAAAUCUUUUCCGCAGAGGCAAGAGUGAUCGAAAACUUUGGCCCCUCUCUUGAGGUGAUUCCAAUCUACUUGAUGUACCGACCGGCAAACACUGUCCCAUAUGCCACAGUGGAGGCUGAUCUGACAGGAGUCUAUCAGAAAUACUCUGUCCUGGAUCGUACAGGCAGAAUAGAUAUGAGGACUGUCUCCGAGGUGGAGCAGAAGUGUUGUGCCCUGCAGCACUGGAUCUUUCAGUGGACCAAUGGCAAUCUGCUACUCACUCGGCUAGAAGGUGUUGACACCAAGAUCACCAAUGUUGGAAUUUCAGUCAAAUCGACUGGGCAUCAAGGUCUAUCUGUUGAAAGGAAUCCCAAAGUUUUUGAGCAGUUUAUCUCUCAGCACCAGUGUAACUACUUCUGUGGUCUGCUCAGCCUGAGAUCACUAAAGGUCAUGGACUCUCUAUUGACGCCAUCGAAGCCCAAGGGCUCCAGGAGCCCGUUACUUCAACGCAAAAUGGCUUCCGGCUCCUCCAGCCCUCAGACCGGCCGGAAAGCUGCUGGCAGCCCCAGACUGCCCAGGAAGACUGAGCAAGAGGGUAGAAAGACCCCCACUAAACAAAAAGCUGCUGAUAUUAAGGUGGAAUAGAGUGAUUAUCACUCAAUAAGACAGAUCACGGCUUUUCUCAAUGGAAUAGUGUCCUGAUCAAAUGCCAUUGAGUUUCUCCAUGAUGAAGUCCUAAACCAGAAAUGGUUCACUGUUGGUAUGUAUCAGCAAAACAGCAGGAGGAACUGCAAGACGCUGAUUAAGAGAGGUGUAAAACCCUUCAGAGAACAGGACAGAGAUUCAUAAAUAACAUGACUUAACUAUUUAAUUUUAACAGCCACCAUUCCUUGCCAUUAUCUCUUAUUGUGGAUUGACGCCCUCACAUGUUGUGGUGAUUAUCUAUUGAAUCCUACAUUCAACAAAUCUUAGUGUUGAAAUUACAGUGUAGUAGUGAGUUGUAGCUUUCCUGGGUUUGCAUUCUAUCAAUCCAUGCACCACUGUAGGUCACAGGUUGUGAAUCCCAAUUUCAGGUCAGUGUAUUUGUACUAAAUGAAUGUGCAAGAUAAAACGUUUUGAACUGAAGUGUAGUCUAUGUGUAAUUUUCACUGAAAAAGCACAAACAUGUAUCUUUUGUAGUCACCUUUGUGAGGGUUAUUAUGUCAAUUGAAGUAAAACCAUGAUGUGGAUACACAGUAAGCCUCAUGGUCAUGCAGCACGUUUUUAAGGCUGGGAGUAAACAACUUUUUUUUUUUUCAGGAAUGUAUCAAGCCAAAUGUAGCUUCACAUGACACUGUUGUACAGUGGCUAAUGGUGUUGUGCUUUUAUAUUGUAACCUGUCAUGUUUACUUGCUAUUCUACGUUGCACUGCAUUUUUAGAAACUGCACCUUUGAAUGCAACUGGCUGUAAAAUAAAAGAUAUGAGUACACCUUGUA